AUGUCCUCUCUGACCUUUUUCCGCAACCAUCCUCUUAUAGGGGAGUACUGCGUGACACCGUCUGACAUGAUCAGGCGCAAUGUCAAGGCGGAUAGAACUGCCACCCGGCACGAGCGUCUGGGCAAGGUCGGAAACAUGGUCAUGGUCAAUCCGGACCCGGAAGAAAACCCGCGAGGUGAUGCUGCCUGGUUCGCCAUUGUGACCUGGAUCCAGCCAGCUAGCGAGGUCCGUCGCAACAAGCCUCGCUUGUGCGAACUGUGGUGGAUAUAUACACGCCAGCACCUUAUAGACGUCGUCAGGGCUGCGAACGCGGAGAAUAAGGACGACCUGCUGAAGGAGAUCAAGAGCUGCAACAAGAAGCAGGCAUGGGUAUCAAACCACUUCUCGGAAGAGCCACUCGACUCUAUCUUUACCAUUCCUACUUACGGCGAGGUCAGUAACCGCAUGCGCUUGUCGCUCGGACGGUAUGUCAAGGUCGACGUGGAGAACGGGGUGUACAACUUUGUACACACCGAAGCCUAG